AUGGCCCCGCCGCUGCUGCCGCCGGCGCUGCUGCUGCUGCUGCUGGGGCUGCUGGGGCUGGUGCGGAGCGGAUGCCCUUUGGGCAAGACCCCUUCUCGGCCCCGCAGAGGAAUCCUCCAGCUGGCUGGGAUGAUCCGGUGCACUACGGGGCGAACACCCCUGGCCUACAUUCGCUACGGAUGUUACUGCGGCUGGGGAGGCCGUGGCUGGCCCAAGGACCAAGUCGACUGGUGCUGCUUUAAGCAUGACUGUUGCUAUGGAAGAGCCGAGGAGGAGAGCUGCGCCCCCAAGACGCGGUGGUACCCCUGGGAGUGCCAGGACGGCAAAGCCAAGUGUGACGACAUCGAAGACAAGUGCCAAAAGAUGGCUUGUGAGUGUGACCGCAGCGCAGCCAAGUGCCUGGCAAAAGCCCCCUACAACAUGACCUAUUUGUUCUGGCCAGACACCCAGUGUGGAGAGAAGGGCCCCACCUGUCCAGACGACUGA